AUUAUGGCAUUAGAUAUUAGACUAAAAAAAGUUAAUAAAGUCUACUUCGAUGGCGAUGAACUGUCCGGAGUGGUUGUCUUCGAGUGCAAGUCCGAGUGCCGUCACGAAGGUAUUGUACUAUCAGUCGAUGGAUCAGUUAAUAUGCAGCUGAGCUCGAAAAAUGUCGGCAUCUUCGAGGCCUUCUAUAAUAGUGUCAAACCGGUACCGCUGAUCAGCUACGGUAUAGAGAUUGCCAAAAGUGGUAAACUACCCGUCGGUAAGACAGAGAUACCGUUUGAGUUGCCAUUGAAAGCCAAAACCAAUCGACAACUGUAUGAGACAUAUCACGGAGUGUUCAUUACUAUACAGUAUCUAAUCCGAUGCGAACUAAGACGAACAAUGCUCAGCAAAGAUCUGCAAAAAAGUGUGGAAUUUAUUGUCGAAUAUCGGCCGCCGUUGCAGAUAAUGAAGCCAUUCGUGUCCAAAGCGGUCAACUUUUUGAUAACACCCGACUCGUUGCAAAACAUCAAAGACAAAUCAAAGAUUCCUCGAUUCCGUAUCAGUGGUCAAUUGGAUGCAACCGUUUGCAAGAUUACCGAUCCAUUUACUGGCGAACUGUGCGUCGAACAGUGCGAAGCCGUCAUCCGAAGUAUUGAACUACAGUUGGUUCGGGUGGAGACCUGCGGCUGUGCUGAAGGAUACGCCCGCGACGCCACCGAAAUCCAAAACAUACAGAUUGGUGAAGGAAACGUAUGCCGAGGAGUGGUUAUACCUAUUUAUAUGGUAUUUCCCCGAUUGUUUACCUGUCCAUCGUUGACUACGACAAACUUUAAAAUUGACUUUGAAGUUAAUAUUGUGAUAAUCCUUGAAAAUAAUCAUUUAAUUAGCGAAAACUUUCCCAUAAAAAUUGUCCGCUACUGUGAUGAUUGA